AUGCAUCGAUCUUCGACUUCGACUUCGACUUCUUCUUCCCUUGCUGGCCUCGAGAUGGACACGCCUCUUGUGAUCGGGGAGCUACGCACGCUGAAGCAGGAUGAAGCCUCUGCUGUGCUAGAAGAGAUCGCUCGCAUCGAACGGCGCACAUUCCCGACCUCUGAGGCGAUGCAGUUCGACAUGAGCCUGUGGCGGAAGAAGCCAAACUCGCGAGUCAUCUACGGCCGGACAAGGGCGGAGAGCAAGACGGCCGGAGGUGCAGAGGCAGUGGUAGCCUACGCAGUGUACGUGCGGGUGAAGGAGAAGGCCCUGCUGCACAAGAUAUGCGUCGAAGGAGGGCACCGCGGCCGGGGCGUGGGGAGGCAGAUGAUGGCCUAUAUCGAGGACCAGCUGCGGCGAGAAGGGUGCCAGGCGGUCCAUCUCUGGGUCGACGGCGAGCGGACGGCGGCUCGACGGCUCUACCGCAGCCGUGGCUUCGAACAGACCGGGCUUGUGGACGAUUACUACGGCAAUGGCAGGACUGGCAUCAAGAUGGCCCUCGACUUGGUUUAA